GAUCAAUUAACCGAAGAACAAAUUGCUGAGUUUAAAGAAGCAUUCUCGUUAUUCGAUAAAGAUAACGAUGGUACCAUCACAACCAAAGAACUUGGUACUGUUAUGCGGUCUCUUGGUCAAAAUCCCACUGAGGCAGAAUUGCAAGAUAUGAUCAACGAAGUCGAUGCCGAUGGCAAUGGCACAAUCGAUUUUCCUGAAUUUUUGACUAUGAUGGCCCGUAAAAUGAAAGAUACUGAUUCCGAAGAAGAGAUAAAAGAGGCUUUCAAAGUUUUUGAUAAAGACGGUAAUGGUUUUAUUUCAGCGGCUGAACUAAGACAUGUCAUGACUAAUCUCGGUGAAAAGCUUACUGACGAGGAAGUCGACGAAAUGAUUCGUGAGGCCGAUGUUGACGGCGACGGUCAAAUUAAUUAUGAGGA